AGACGUCCCCAGCUCACCGUGCCUUGUGUAACGGUCCCAGCACUUCCCUGUCCCUUGGCCUCUGCCUGUGAACGCCCGGCAGUGCCCAAAGGGGCUUGUUGCUAGUACAUGUCUCCCCCUCUCUGUGUCCCAGCCUGCGGCGGGGAGCCCCGCUGCCCUCUGUCCCGGGGGCUGGGCCCUGCUGCAGGGGUGAUGCGCUGUCUCCCCACAGGCUGCCAUCAGCAUCUUCGGCAUGGUGGGCGGGCCGCUGCUGGGACUCUUCUGCCUAGGGAUGUUCUUCCCGUGUGCCAAUCCCACCGGUGCGAUCGCCGGGCUGGUAGCCGGGCUGGCCAUGGCCUUCUGGAUCGGCAUUGGGAGCCUGGUGUCCAACCUGCGGGCGGCCCCCUCGGCCCCGCCGCUGUCCAACAUCACCGACUUCCCGCAGGCCAGCAACCUGAGCACGGCCCUCGCCACCACCCUGCUGACCUCGACCCCGGCCCCAAAGCGCCUCUCGGGGCUCCAGAAAUUCUACAGCCUGUCGUACAUGUGGUACAGCGCCCACAACUCCACCACCGUCAUCCUGGUGGGCUUGCUGGUCAGCCUGCUCACGGGUCCCACCAAGGGAGCGACCGUCAACCCUCGCACCAUCUACCCCGUGCUGCCCCGGCUGCUCUGCUGCCUGCCCCAGAGGUACCGGGAACGGCUGAGCUGUGGGGUGGGCUGCUCCGCUGAG